UCCAUUCGAUAUAUAAAAUUGCGAUAUUAAUAACAACUACCACAAAAUAUCCUCUCCCCGGCGGCAAAUGUACACCGCCGAGUGCCGACCCACUCUAAAACAGGAUACAUAUAUAAACCAAAGUCUCUUAUCCAACAAGCCUCCAUUUCUCUCUAACUGUAAUAGAUCCUUUAAUUUACAUUUAUGGACUUCCACCGAUUCUACGAAACAUGGUACGAGCAGCUCCACCACCAAAUCCACCACCUCACCAAAUUCCCCCGUCCACCCACCACCGAUGACGACCACCACCAACUCACCCAAGUCGUCGAUAAAACCAUGUCCCACUUCUCCGAGUUCUACCGAGUCAAGUCCCUCGCCGCUAAUCAAGACGUCCUCUCCAUCUUCUCCGCCCGGUGGUCCACCACUCUCGAACGCUCUCUCCACUGGAUCGCCGGAUGGCGCCCCACCACCGCUUUUCACCUUAUCUACACUGAAUCCAGCAUACUUUUUGAGUCUCGCAUACUCGACAUCCUCCAUGGCAUUCGCACCGGUGACCUCGGCGAUCUCUCACCGGCGCAGUUUACCCGUGUCAGUGAGCUUCAGUGUGAGACUGUUCAACAAGAGAACGCCAUCACCGAUCAGCUCUCGGAGUGGCAGCAGGAUGAGGCAAGUGAGCUAAUAGGCGGGUCGUGUGGCGAUCUUGAUAAGAAGAUCGGACGGCUGGUUCAGAUCGUGGAGAAGGCGGACGAACUACGGCUGAGAACAUUGAAGGCGGUGGUGGAGCUUCUGACGCCACAGCAAGCGGUGGAGUUUUUGAUCGCGGCUGCGCAGUUGCAUUUUGGGAUCCAUAGAUGGGGUUUGAAUCAUGACCGUGAACGUGCUGGGAAAUGAGGUACGGUUUUUUUGGGGUAACCAUGGAUGGUUAAACUCCGGCAACCACCGUAGCCACCAUAAUAGGCCGCUGCAACCCUUUUUGCAUUACUAGUUAAUUCAUUUUCGUUGUAUUGUUUCUUCAGUAGAAGAGCAUCCUAAUCCAUCCGAAUAUUUCGCGUUAUAAAAAUCGACAUUUUUGUCAUACGUUUAUGAUUCUCUUUAAAUUAAUCGCAGAAAAAAAAUGGACAAUGUAAGAUGAUAGUUGUCAUUGAUGUUCCUGGGUUUGUUAGGGAUGAUGGGUUUGGUCAUACGAGCUGGUGGCAGUUUCAAAGAUCUGUGUAUCCAUGCAGAACGACACGUGUCAUUUAUCACGACCCACGUGUCUAAUAUUUUUGAAUAUGAUACCCAAUUGCUUCGGAGUGAAGGUGGCUUCUACUUUUUUAAGAAACUAGACAAAACUUCCCGGAUAGUCUUGUGUGAUUUUAAAAAUGCGGCAAAUUUAAGACAACAUCGGAAAACGCUACAUCAUUGGUUUUUGUGGUUUGAAAAUUGAUUGUGGUUGUUCUUUCUGUACAGAAAACAAUAUUUAAUGCCAUUUCUGUAAUUAUUUGUAGGUGAAAAUAAAAAUAAUUUUAAAAAAUAAAUUAGAUUAGCCAUUUAAAAAAAACAAAAAAACAAAUGCGACUUCACAUCCCCUACUCGCCGCGCCUCCCUCCCUCAUCACCAUCAUCUCCGCUCAUCAUAUUCACACCACCUCAAAUUGGUACAUAAACUAAUUCCAAAUGAUAUGCUAAAUAAGUUUCAACUAAUCAAUUACAAAAUUACAAACAAACAAAUAAAAACACACAUAGAGAUGGAUAUAUUAUAAGGUGUAUUUACAAGUUUAUUGCUCUAUAAUUGUUCAUUUACUAGUUCUAUAAAACGGGUAAAGUACCAGGCAUGUCUCAGUUAGUACUCAUAUUUUGUUUCCCCUUCGACUAUAAAAGAUAUUGAAUUUAUUUUUAUGUUUUAAUGAUUGGUUAAGAUAUUGAAUUUAUUUUUAUGUUUUAAUGAUUGGUUAUUGUCCAAGUGUAGGCCAAGUAACAUUUCCAUGUGUUACAUUUGUGUCCGUGAGCUUAGAAAGGAUAUGGGCUGAUGUUGGGCUAAUUUUAUUUGUGGGCUCCUACAAGAAUUGGGUGACAUGUUAGGUUUAUAUACUAUAUUAAUAUUAGAAAUAGUGCAUUUUGUAUGUUUUAAGAUAUUGCCAAAAUACUUUGUUUUUAACACUUAUGGUCUCUUUGUGUAUACUUUGACAAUUAUGGUCUCUUUUGUAUACUUUGACAAUUUUGGUCA